AUGAACUGGAAGAAUUUCCUGCUGAUAAGCGGUCAUUCUGAAGGUUCUGAAAGACGUUACGGAUCUAUGUCAAAUAGUGCCUCAAAAUGGGUUCGCGAUCAUAUUGAUAAUCACAUGAAGAUGGAAAUCAUUAAAAUGGAAGAGCCACAGAAAGCAUUGUGUUUCUGA